CUUUCACUUCCUCUAUGAUUUAAACACAAACUCCGGCACUGCCGGCUCGCAGCCACUUCUCUCUUCCUCCCUCCAGCCAGCCAGCCAGCCAGCCGCGCUCGAGCCAGAGCCGAAGUCCAGCUCAGCCUUCCCUCCGCCCGCCUUAGUCUCCAGACCCCCUGCAGGUCAUCAUGUCCAGGAAGGUGGUCAGGACCAGUAAGUUCCGUCAUGUCUUCGGUCAGGCGGUUAAGGCUGACCAGUGCUAUGAUGACAUCAGGAUCUCCCAGAUGACUUGGGACAGCAACUUCUGCUCUGUUAAUCCCAAAUUCGUCGCCAUGAUCGUGGAAGCCAGCGGAGGAGGAGCCUUCAUCGUCCUGCCGCUCAGCAAGACCGGCCGUAUCGAUAUGUCCUAUCCCAACGUCUGCGGCCACACUGGACCCGUGCUGGACAUCGAGUGGUGUCCGCACAACGACAACAUCAUCGCCAGCGGCUCUGAAGACUGCAGUGUCAUGAUCUGGGAGAUUCCUGAGGGUGGUCUGACGCAGCCCCUGAAGGACCCUGUAGUGAAGCUGGAUGGUCACUCCAAGCGUGUGGGCAUCCUCAGCUGGCACCCCACAGCACAUAACGUCCUCAUGAGUGCAGGCUGUGAUAAUGUGGUGAUCCUGUGGAACGUGGCCCGAGGUGAGGCAGCGGUCAGGAUCGACUCUUUGCACACCGACCUCAUCUACAGCGCCUGCUGGAACAGUGACGGCUCGCAGAUCCUCACCUCCUGCAAGGACAAAAAACUGCGCGUGUUGGACCCCCGCAAGGGCACCGUCAUCGCUGAGAAGGAUAAGCCUCAUGAGGGCUCCAGGCCAGUCAGGGCUGUGUUCGUGUCCGAGGGGAAGAUCCUGACCACCGGUUUCAGCCGAAUGAGUGAGAGACAGGUGGCGCUCUGGGAUCCGAAAAGCUUUGAUGAGCCGCUGACCCUGCAGGAGCUGGACACCAGCAGUGGAGUCCUGCUGCCCUUCUUCGACCCGGACACGGGAGUCGUUUACCUGUGUGGAAAGGGCGACAGCAGCAUUCGAUACUUUGAAGUGACGGACGAGGCUCCAUAUGUCCACUAUCUGUCCAUGUACAGCAGCAAGGAGAGCCAGAAGGGGAUGGGCUACAUGCCCAAGAGAGGACUGGAGGUCAACAAGUGUGAGAUUGCCAGAUUCUAUAAACUCCAUGAGAGGAAGUGUGAGCCCAUUGUUAUGACAGUGCCACGAAAGUCGGACCUGUUCCAGGAGGAUCUGUAUCCUGACACUGUCGGCCCUGAGCCGUCGGUGGAGGCUGAUGACUGGUUCGCUGGUAAAGAAGGAAAGCCUAUCCUCAUCUCCCUGAAGGACGGCUUCGUGGCCACCACCAAAAACAAGGAGUUCAAAGUCAUCAAGAGCCUCAUGUCGACCACAUCAGCCUCCAGCGUCCCUCGGCACGGCAACGGAGCGGAUGUGCAGGCACUGCAGAAUGAAGUGAAGGAGCUGAGGGAGAUGGUGGAAGAUCUGACUAAACGAGUGACCGAGCUGGAGAGCAAAAACUGAUGGCUGAAGCUUCAAACUCAACUGCUAAUGUGAAAUGACCAUAUAAGUGUUUAAAGGUUAGAGCGGAGAGGAAGAGAUAGAGAGAGAGAGAGAGAUGGAAAAAGACCUGCAGUGAUUUUGAAGAGAUAAGAAGGACAUUGUGGCUUUAUACAAACCAAAUAUUGCUCUUCAGGGAUUUGAUUUCAUUUUCUAAGAGGUUUUUAUGAGCAACUGUUUGCAGACAUGUUUUAAUAUAUGUGUUAGAGCAUCUGAAUAAAUAUCAUCAAUAUUUUAAACAUAA